AUGAGUGAAGAAAAAAGCUUUGGUGUAUCCCAGAAAAUGUUGUCUCCUUCAAGAAGUACUAGCAGCUGCUCCUCCAAGCAGGGAAGCCGACAGGACAGCUGGGAAAUUGUGGAAGGACUCCGGGGAGCAAUGAAUUGUACCCAGGAGCCACAGAAGCAGGAGGGCUGCUUGCUGAAAAAAAGGAAAUGGCCUCUGAAGGGCUGGCAUAAGAGAUACUUCUUUUUGGAUAGAGGGAUUUUGAAGUACUCUAAAUGCCAAGCCGACAUAGAGAGAGGGAAGCUUCACGGCUGUAUUGAUGUUGGACUUUCUGUCAUGUCUGUAAAGAAAUCAACAAAGUGUAUAGAUUUGGAUACAGAAGAGCAGAUAUACCAUCUGAAGGUGAAGUCUCAGGAGCUGUUUGAUGAAUGGGUAGCAAAACUUCGUCACCACAGAAUGUACCGUCAGAACGAAAUCUCCAUGUUUCCCCAUGAUGUCAAUAACCUUUUCUUCCCUGUGUCAUCCACUGCUGACUCUGUCCCUGCUUUCUGUGAUUCUGCCUCGGGUAGAAAGGCAGGCAGCUUGACCAAACAGAAUUCAUCGUCACCUGGAGGUAACUUGUCGUUUUCCUUUUCGAGUAAUGAGUCCAGGAUUUCAUCUUGGCUACAGUCUUCUGAAGACAUGGAGAAAUGCUCAAGAGACCUCUCCAACUGUCACACAUAUUUACUGGAAAUGAACCAGCUGUUACAGAGCAUGGAUGUUCUUCACAGGACAUAUUCAGCACCUGCUAUAAAUGCUACGCAGGUUGGACCUUUAGAAAGCCCAAAGAAGGAAAAGAGAACACACAGGAGGUGGCGAUCCAGAGUUGUUGGGAAAGAGUCUAAAGGAACAUUACAGGUACCUUCAGUUUUUUCUGCCCCUAUGAGACUGCAUGCUUCCAAUCCAAACUUAUCUACAAUAGAUUUUGUAGAGGAGAAAAAUUACUCCGAUGGUUCUGAAACACCAUCAGAAUUUACUAAAAUGCAAGAGGACUUAUUUCACAUUGCACAUAAAGUUUACUUCAUUUUGAGGUCAGCUUUCAGCACCAUAUCUACAGAGAGAGAAAAGCUGAAGCAGAUGCUGGAGCAUGACACAUCCUCAUCUCCAUCUGCACAAAUAGUUGGCUUGAAGAAUGCCUUAACAUCCGUAA